UUUGCCUGGCAUAGUGACGUCACUGACGCACAUCCUGUGCUGUGGUGCAAGAAGUGAACUCUGAACUAUCCCUUGACAAACGGACUUUUUGCAAGUUCGCUGUCUACUGCGCUGAGUACUCAUUGAAGGCGUACACAGAUCUCACUUACCACCGACAAUGGCUGAUAAAACAAGCUUUGCGGACUCCACCGUUCAUCUAGAUGUUAAGGAUUAUUAUGGGAAGAAGUUACAAAAAACAUCAGAUCUGAAGAGUAAUGCCUGUGUAGCUCCAGCCCAGCCCUACCCAAAAUUCAUCCUUCAUGCUCUGAAGAAAGUCCAUUCUGAUGUGACUGACAGAUACUAUGGUUGUGGCCUGGUGGUGCCAGAGUGUUUGGAGGGCUGCAGGAUUCUGGACCUGGGCUGCGGGAGUGGCAGAGACUGCUACAUGCUGAGUCAACUGGUGGGAGAGGCAGGCCAUGUCACCGGCAUCGACAUGACUGAGGAUCAGCUUGAAGUGGCCAGAAAACAUGUGGACUUUCAUAUGAAGGAGUUUGGCUACAAGAAGCCCAAUGUUACCUUUGUCAAGGGCUACAUCGAGGCCUUAACAGAGGCGGGUCUGGAAAAGAACUCUUUUGACAUCAUCAUCUCCAACUGUGUGGUGAAUCUUUCUCCAGACAAGAAGAGAGUCUUGAAUGAAGCCUACAGUGUGCUCAAGGAUGGUGGUGAGCUUUACUUCAGUGACAUCUACUGCAAUGGAAGACUACCUGAAGAAAUUAAAAACCACAAAAUCCUGUGGGGUGAGUGUAUAGGUGGCGCACUGUGGUACAAAGAUCUGCUACAGUUGGCCGAGGAAGUAGGAUUCAGUCCACCGAGGCUUGUAACUGCCAGCAUCGUCACUGUUGACAACAAAGAACUGCAAGCCAUUCUGGGCGACUUCAAAUUUGUCUCUGCCACAUAUCGUCUGUUUAAGAUCCCGAAAGGCAGCCGAAAGCCAUGUAAAGUCAUUUAUAAUGGAAAUAUUACAGGGGCAGAAGACUCCCUCCACUUUGACUGUCAGUACACCUUCAGGACUAAUGAAGUGGCAGAGGUUGAUGGUGAAGUAGCAGCCAUCCUGACCCAUUCCAGAUUUGCACAGGAGUUCACUUUACAGCCACCAAGUGGCUCCUGUGAACCUUGUGGCAUCAAACCGAAGCCACUCUCUGAGGAUCCUUUCGAGCUGGUUGCGCAGUUGAAGAAACAGAGUCCAGGUUCAACCACAGGAAGUGGUUGCUGCAGUACAAAGUCUGCAACUUGCUGCAAGUGAUUUUCUAUUGUUAAGAUUAGGAAAUCCGUAUAGAAUGAUCCUGCAUUAAAAAUGAUUACUUAUUCACACAACACAUACUGUAUCACUAUCUGCUAAUUACAGUCUGAUAAUUUGUCUGAAAUGGACGAGUCCAGUAGAAUAAACCUUUUGUAGAUUUUAUCUUUUGUGAUUUCCACUAGACUAGAAUGAAGAGUCUGGACGUCCAGAUUGUUGGUACCCUUCCGUUUAAAGGGUAAAUACACACACGCACACAAUGAUUGCUGAAUGUGUAACAUGACAGAAGUUUUCCAGAGGUAAACGAACAAGCUUUUAGGAAUAUGUUGUCUUUUUCUACAGUUGUGACAAAACUGUAACUUUUAGGUGUGUAAUUUCAGCUCUGUUUACAUAUGCAAAAAGGAGUGUACCAAGAAAAUAACUGCUGUAGCUAGCAGCUACUAUUGUACAUAUUUUAAAUUGUGUAAAGUACAUUUCAAGGCCUUACUUGUUCUGUAACACUUGCUUUAUUUUCUUGUAAAUCAGAAGUAUGAAAUUAAAAUGAUCAUUAUGCCUCAUUACUACAAUUAUGAGGUCAAAGAGAUAUAAACAACAA